CAUGAAAAUGUGCAAAAAGGAAAUUCCUGGAUUGUACAGAAUUGUCACAAGGAAAGACGCUCCAACAGCUAAAGACGCUGUCUCAUACAUUGACAAAUUUUUCAAAGUGGACACUGACUGUGAACUGGUAUUCUCACGCCUAGAGGAUUUCACAAUCAUAGACUUCGAAGCUAUAAAAGAGUACGUGACAUCCAAAGGACUGGACCAUAUCUGCGAUGACGUACACCACAUGACAGUGUUCAUGCGACGCACUCCUCAAUACUGGAGGGACAAGAUUUUAGCCAGUGGGAAGAUGUACAAUCAUAAGUACUUCAUCCACCCUCCAACUUCACAAUCGUCUGGGAAGGGUCUAAACCCACUGUUGCAACAACCAGUUUCGGCAGUGCCUCAACCGAAUGUCCUUGAAAAAUCUGGAGUUCAACAGAAUAAAAAAGUCCCCGGCCCAACAGAAGAGGAAAAGAGACAGUGUUUGGAACGUAUAAAAGACAUACAUGAGAAGUAUACAGGCAGGAAGGCCAGAAAAAAAAAGACCAGAAGGCAACAAUAUAUGAGAUCCAUUUCUGAUGAGAAGGUGCGGAUGGGAAUACCUCUGAUUGAGAUCCACGAGCUUCGGUUUGUGGGAAAGAAGCGUAGAAAGAAAGCGCAGCGCAUGAAGGAAGAAUUGGCCAAGAUGUACGCAAGCCGAAGAAACUGAAAAAGGAACAACACUGGGUGGAGAAACUGUGGUUGGAGUCAUUUAUGGACAAACCAAAAACCAAAAUCUAGGGGGAAAUCAGAUUUCCUGUACAGGAUAUUCUGACACGGGUCAUUAGGCCUGGAAAAUAUCCAGUUUGUCUUCUCCAAGGAAGAAGACAAAAGAACCAAAGAUGUUGCUCCUGGUGGCUAAUAGAACAUUAAAACAAAUUAUGUUAAUGACCGUGCAGUUGGAUUUUUUGUUGUUUUAACAGUAAAUAGUUUGUUUUGUAUCAAUAUACUAAACUGAAAUAUUUUGUACUUACACUAUAAAAUAUUAUGUCAUAGAGAGUGUAUACUUCUAAGGAAAUUUUUAUUAAAUGUGAUCUCACUGUUAUUUUUAUGUUUUGUAACUUUUGAUGGUUAAUUUUUUUUACUUUAUUAUUACGUGAAAAGAGAUGUAUUUACUUAUAUUAUUACUUGAAAAAAGGUGUUUUUACUUAUAUUAUUACUUGAAAAAAAGGUGUUUUUACUUAUAUUAUUACUUGAAAAAAGGUGUUAAUUUCACAGAAUUAUUGCGAAGUAAAGUGUUAAAAGGUGUAAAAAAAUGUCCUCAAUAUAUUAUAAAUAUAUAUUAA